AUGGGUUCGAAAAAGCGUCGUCGAUCCCGCUCCAGGUCUCGAAGUCAGGAACGGGAGCCGAGGAACAGGUCCAAAUCGAGCAGAUCCCGGUCCCCCAAGGGGAGGAGGGGUCGCAGCCGGUCGGUGGACACGAAGCGGGACGUCCGGAGACGUGGACGGUCCGACAGCCGAUCCUCCAGGAGCAGCGAUGGCUCCCCUGCCCGACAUCGGCGUCCACACAGAGACCGUGGAGGGUCCAGGAGCGAGUCCGAGGGCCGCAAGAGGCGAGAGGCGCGCCGCUCCGGGAGCAGAUCCAGGGAUCGAUCCAGCUCUGAUUCAGAUGAUUCCAAAACGGGAUGGAAGAGGAGGCAAAAGGAGAACCGGAGAGAAGAGCCAGGAGAGAGGAGGGGUAGAGGGAGGUCUCUGUCCCGCUCUAACUCCCGUGGGGGGAGCAGUGACCGAGACAGGAGACAACGCAGGAGUCCUGAGAGAGGGAGUCCCAUCAGAGACAGACAGAGGAGGGACAGGGACAGGGAGAGGGAGAGAGAGGGUCGGAGGAGCAGCAGCAGGGACCGGGGCAGAAAGGGAGACCGGGACAGAAGGCAGAGGAGUGAGGAGAGGGAGCGGGGGAGGAGAGAGAGGAGCAGAGGGAGAGACGACAGAGACAGAGACAGGAGGAGGCGACUGUCCAGGUCGCCCGGUUCAUCCGAGAGCUCAGGGUCAGAGCAGGAGAGCCACGGGGGCUUCCCAGAGGACAAGGCGGCCGGGCAUGCCAACAAGGAGGAGAAGAAGAAACAGAAGGACAUGAUGAAAGCCCUGGAGACGCCAGAGGAAAAGAGGGCAAGGAGGCUGGCAAAGAAGGAGGCCAAGGAGAGGAAGAAGAGAGAGAAGAUGGGCUGGAGCGAGGAGUACAUGGGCUACACCAACGCAGACAACCCGUUCGGUGACAACAACUUGUUGGGCACGUUCAAAUGGCAGAAGGCACUGGAUAAGAAAGGCAUUGGCCACCUCGGAGAGAAGGACCUGAAAGAAAGGAACAAACGAAUCCAGGAAGAGAACCGCAGGGAGCUACAGAAGGUUAAACAGCUGCGUUUGGAGAGAGAGCGAGAGAAGGCCAUGAGAGAGAUGGAGCUGGAGAUGCUGCAAAGAGAGAAGGAGGCGGAGCAUUUCAAGACCUGGGCUGAGCAGGAGGACAACUUCCAUUUGCACCAGGCCAAACUACGGUCUAAGAUUCGUAUCCGUGACGGUCGUGCCAAGCCUAUUGACCUUUUGGCGAAGUACAUCAGUGCAGAGGAUGAUGAUCUAGCUGUUGAGAUGCACGAACCUUACACCUUCCUCAAUGGGCUCACUGUCACAGACAUGGAUGACCUGCUGGAGGACAUUAAGGUGUACAUGGAGCUGGAGCAAGGGAAGAACGUUGACUUCUGGAGGGACAUGACCACCAUCACCGAGGAUGAGAUCAGUAAACUCAGAAAGCUAGAGGCCUCAGGCAAAGGACCAGGUGACCGUCGUGAGGGCAUCAACACGUCUGUGAGCACUGACGUCCAGAUGGUGUUCAAAGGAAAGACGUACAGCCAGCUGCAGGCGCUGCACCAGAACAUCGAGACAAAGAUCCGGGCGGGAGGAUCCAAUCUUGAUAUUGGCUACUGGGAGAGCCUGCUGCAGCAAGUCAGGGUCUAUAUGGCAAGAGCCAGGCUGAGAGAGAGACAUCAGGACGUGCUGCGACAGAAGCUGUUCAAGCUGAAACAGGAACAAGGAGUGGAAAGUGAACCUCUGUUCCCCAUCAUCAAAGAGGAGCCGGAGGAUGAGGAAGCCGACACGACCAUAGCAGCAGCAGAGGAAGAGGGAGAAGCUGAUACUGAAGCACCGGGCCCAUCCUCUUCCUCCCCCACAACCAAUGAGGACAAAGAAGCAGAAGGAGAACGGGAUAAGGAGGCGAGUCCAGCUGGAUCUACAACAGGGGAGGCAGGGCAAGAUGAGGGCGAAGGAGAAAAAGAGGGUGAGAAGGACGAGGAGGACAAGAGUGACGUGGUGGAGGCGGUGCUGACGGAGGAGGAUCUGAUCCAGCAGAGCCAGGCGGAGUAUGACUCGGGCCGCUACAGUCCCACGCUGCUGCUGCCCUCCGAGCUGCCGCUGGACACCCACACCAUCACUCCUGAGGAGGACACACACAGGCUGCAGCAGGCUCGCAGACAGCUGCAGGUCACCGGUGAUGCCAAUGAGAGCGCAGAGGACGCCUUUGUGCGCCGCGCCAAAGAGGGCAUGGGCAACGACGAGGCCCAGUUCAGUGUGGAGCUCCCCAUUACUGGCAAGAUGUACCUGUGGGCCGACAAAUACCGGCCCAGGAAGCCCCGCUUCUUCAACAGGGUCCACACGGGCUUCGAGUGGAACAAGUACAACCAGACGCAUUAUGACUUUGACAACCCUCCACCCAAGAUCGUCCAGGGCUACAAGUUCAACAUCUUCUACCCGGACCUGAUCAACAAGCGCUCCACCCCGCAGUACUUCCUGGAGCCCAGUCCCGACAACAAGGACUUUGGGAUUCUGAGGUUCCACGCGGGUCCUCCGUACGAGGACAUCGCCUUCAAGAUUGUAAACCGGGAGUGGGAAUAUUCUCACCGCCACGGCUUCCGAUGCCAGUUCGCCAACGGGAUCUUCCAGCUGUGGUUCCACUUCAAGAGAUACCGCUACAGGAGAUAGUCUCUGUAACUGUGACCCCACUGUGACGGACCAACACCCCACCUACUGGGUUUUAAACAUAGAUGAGUCCUUUGAGCAGAUAACCCAAAAGAUGUGUUUUUGUUGUAUUGUUUUGGCUCCUCUUAGGCCAAAGAGCAGCUUUUGAAUUAGUUAAAGUUACAGCAAACUCUGUACGGUUGUAUUAAAAGUAAUUUGUAUUGCAGUCUGAAAAAAACAUAUUAAAGAGGUUUCAUUUUUCCCCGU